AUGGUCAUGGAAACUCCCAUGCCUCUUGAGCCCAACACUAACCUAGAACCACCUGAUCCAGGAGAAACCGAAUUCUCCGGGACAGAGCUCGAUGUUAUAAUGGCCCACGGUACAGACGAAGUGAUUGCAAGAGCAGCUAGCCUCAAAUUCACCAAAGCCCUCAAAGAAUAUUAUUUGCAAUAUAAGCCUGAUCUGGUGGCCAUCCAAGAAACUAGAUGCAGUGGCAGAAAGUUGUCUUCGAUCAAGAGUACAAGAUUCAAUUUCUAUAUUAUUAUUGAUGCAAAUGGUUUCUCUGGUGGAAUAUGGUUGAUGUGGAAUAAUCCUAACUAUCGGAUUUCUGAGGUAGCAAGGCAUAAUCAAACCCUCCAUGUUCGUAUUAAAGAUAGUAGAGAAGAGCGGUGUCUAACCAUCGCAUAUGCUCACCCCCAAGACAUCAUUAGAAAGAAGUUUAGAAUAUUUACAGAGGCUAUUGCGAGGAAUAUUAAUUGUCUGUGGAUGAUUUGUGGUGACUUUAAUGAUAUUGGGGAUAUUAGCGAGAAAAAAGGUGGAAGUGUUCCUGAUAGAACCAGCAUGAGGAGAAUUAAUGAGUGGAAGGAAAACUGCAGUCUUAUUGAUAUGGGAUUUUACGGCUCUCGAUUUACCUGGAGAGGUCCGAUGUGGCAAGAUGGAGGAAGAAUUUUGAAAAGACUGGACAGAGCUCUUUGCAAUCAACAUUGGAGGGUCCUCUUCAAUGAUGCAGUUGUCGAGACUCUUCCCAGAUUUAAAUAA